AUGGCCACAUUCACAUCGUUACGGCAUAUUUCUAAAAUUGCUUCGCGGCAUAAUUUCUUUGUAUCAUCAUCACCAUCAUUGUCCCUAUUACCAGCAUGCACAUCCUCAAUACGUAGCUUCCAGACGAAAGCUACCCCACCAGCGCGCAUCCCCGAAUUCGCAUUCGCAUUUGACAUCGAUGGGGUCCUCGUUCGUAGCUCCGACCCGCUCCCGCGCGCUCACCAAGCCCUUUCCUACCUCCAAUCCCACCGCAUCCCGUUCAUCCUGCUCACCAAUGGCGGCGGAAAGCACGAGGACGAGCGCGUCGCCGACCUGAGCUCCAAGCUCGAUGUCUCUCUGUCCACGAGCAUGUUUGUCCAGAGUCACACACCCUUCGCCGACAUGCACGAAUACAAAGACAAGACCGUCAUGGUCGUCGGCGGCGACGAAGACAGAUGCCGGAUCGUAGCCGAGAAAUACGGCUUCAAAACCGUCGUCACACCCGGCGACAUCCUCGCCGCCUACCCAGAAGUCUGGCCCUUCUCACAGCAACUACUCCCGUACUACAAGGGUUUCACGCGCGCGCUCCCCGCCCCAAUCGAUCCCACCUCGCCCUCCACCUCCCUCGAAAUCGACGCCGUCUUCGUCUUCAACGACCCCCGCGACUGGGGCCUCGACACGCAAAUCAUAAAAGAUGUGCUCCUCAGUGAGAAGGGCAUAAUGGGCACUUUCUCGAAGAAGAACGGGGAUGCGUCGCUGCCAAACAAAGGAUACCAGCAAGACGGCCAACCCCCGCUGUACUUCUCAAACCCAGACUUGCUGUGGGCAGCAAAAUACCACCUCCCACGGCUCGGCCAAGGCGGCUUCCGCGAGGCACUAGAAGGCGUCUGGGCCGCGAUAACAGGGGGCCCAUCCGCAGGCGUUACACUGCAAAAGAUCGUAAUGGGCAAGCCGCACCAACCUACCUACGCAUUCGCAGAGAAGCGCCUCAUAUCGCACCGACAGCACCUCCUCAAGCAAUUCGACGGCCGGUUAGGCCAUCUCAAGCGCGUGUACAUGGUAGGCGACAACCCCGAGAGCGACAUCCUCGGCGGAAACAGCUACGAGAGCCCGCAUGGCACGGAUUGGGCGAGCGUGCUGGUGCAGACGGGGGUUUACGUGGAGGGCACGGAGCCGGCGCACAAGCCGAGGAAGAUUGUGGGGGAUGUGUGGGAUGCGGUGGAGUGGGCUACUGAGCAGGAAGGGUGGAGUAAGUGA